GCCCAAUGAGUGAUAAAACAUUUCUUAGAAAGUACAAGAUUGUUUUCUUGGGCGACCAAAGUGUUGGAAAGACAUCCUUGAUCACCAGAUUCAUGUACGACACUUUCGAUGAUCAGUAUGCUUCCACCAUCGGCAUUGACUUUCUCUCAAAAACCAUGUACCUAGAGGACAACAAGACGGUGCGCUUGCAGCUCUGGGACACUGCUGGCCAGGAACGUUUCAGGUCGCUUAUUCCAUCGUAUAUCCGCGAUUCGCAUGUAGCAGUGGUGUGCUACGAUAUCACAAGCAAAAAGUCCUUCACCAGUCUAGAAAAGUGGAUCAGUGAUGUGCGCAUGGAGCGCGGCGAGGACGUGAUAGUGGUGGUUGUCGGGAACAAGUCCGAUUUGAAUGCGAAAAGACAAGUCAGCAGCGAGGAGGCCACCAAAUUUGCUUCGGAAGCCGGGGCCAAGUUUUUCAUCGAGACGUCGACCAAGGCUAACCACAACGUGAAACUGUUGUUCAAGAAGAUUGCCUCUUGUUUGCCUGAGUUCAAGGAGUCUGCAGAACCAGAAGCCCCGGCAGAGACGGUCAAUAUCAGCAUUGAAAGCGCUGCGCCUCUGAGCUCCUCGUGCUGCUAAUUUUGGAUUCGAACUCAAGAUAUAAGGCCCAUAGUUGCCACUUCCUUCAGUUGGCUCGCUUUGGUAAGGAAGCAAAUGAACUCAAG